AUGCCGUCCAAGCCGACCGCCGCGUCGUGCCUCAUCCUCCUCGCGUUCCUCCUUGGCAUCAGCGCCGCCGCUGGCCACGAUGUCGCAGCGGUGCGGCGGGCGAUGGAGCAGUUUGCCGGCUUCCCCGUCUCCAAUGAUGACGAGGGCCCUUCUAGCGACUUCUGUGUCGACUCCGAGGGCCUGCAGCGGCAGGUGCAUUCGUGA